CAGCCGUUAAAAUGAUUAAAACCAGCUCUGCAACAGCUUUAAUUCUUGUCCUGAGCCUGGCGGCCCUAAGCACAGCGGAGCCACUGCGCCGCAGAUUCCUAGCCCGCCAGGUGGAAGCCCCAGCCAGUCCAGCACCCACGGGUUACCCGGAGGCAGGAGUCACGCCCAGUGUUCCCUUCGAUCUGCCCAGCUCUACGGCUAAGCCUGAGAAUACUUAUCUGCCGCCAGAUAACACCUACGGACCCCCGGAUAACACCUAUGGACCCCCAGACAAUACCUAUGGCCCACCGGACAACACCUAUGGACCACCAGAGGCCGAUUUUGUGCCUGUUCCAGAGCCAGAGCCUGAGGCACAGCCCGAGAAUCCCAUCGAGACCGAUGAUAUCCCAGCCGCUGAGGAUGAACCCGUAGAUGGUGAGACUAAGCUGCAGCCCUCGGACGAGGACGCAGAGCUGGAUGAGCCGCAGCUGGAGGUGACUGAGGAUGGUACUGUUAUUGUUUUGGCCACCAGUCUUGACCGGCCACAGCCCCCGGUUGAACAAUCUGCCCGGUUUUACCAGCGAUUCCCCCAAGGUCGUCGUCGCCAGCUGCCCGUUCCCCAGCGACUGAUCCUUCGUCGCAGUUGGUAGACUUAAAUAAAU